CGGGCGGAAGCGGCCAGAAGCUGCGCUGCGGUUGGCCUCGGCGGGAUGGAGCAGCUAGGGGUGGAGCCCGAAGAGGAAGCGGGCCGAGACGAGGAAGAGGACGCGGCUCAGGCCAUGGAGCGCGCGGAGGCGGGGGAGGCAGGCGGCUCGCCCGGUGCGCCCGGGCCUGAGGAGCCCGGCGGCCUCACUUGGUUGGUGCCAGAAGGAAGUUCUUCAUCCAGAGUCAUAGCACAUGUGGAUCUGGAUUGCUUUUACGCACAAGUAGAAAUGAUUUCAAAUCCAGAACUGAAGGGCAAACCUUUAGGCGUUCAGCAGAAAUAUUUGGUGGUUACCUGCAACUAUGAAGCUAGGAAACUUGGAGUUAAGAAACUUAUGAAUGUCAGAGAUGCAAAAGAAAAAUGUCCACAGCUGGUAUUAGUUAAUGGAGAAGACUUGACUCGCUACAGAGAGAUGUCAUAUAAGGUUACAGAGUUGUUGGAAGAAUUUAGUCCAGUUGUUGAGAGACUCGGAUUUGAUGAAAAUUUUGUGGAUCUAACAGAAAUGGUUGAGAAGAGACUACAGCAGCUUCAAAGUGAUGAACUUUCAGCACUGACUGUGUCGGGUCAUGUAUAUAAUAAUCAGUGUAUAAACCUGCAUGACAUCAUGCACAUCAGACUGCUUGUUGGAUCUCAGAUUGCAGCAGAGAUGCGGGAAGCCAUGUGUAAUCAACUGGGUCUCACUGGCUGUGCUGGCGUGGCUUCUAAUAAGUUACUAGCAAAAUUAGUUUCUGGUGUUUUUAAACCAAAUCAACAAACAGUGUUACUACCUCAGAGUUCUCAAGUUCUUAUUCAGAGUUUGAGCCAUGUAAAGGAAAUGCCUGGUAUUGGUUAUAAAACUGCCAAACGUCUUGAAGCGCUGGGUAUCAGUAGUGUGCAUGAUCUUCAAACCUUUUCACCCAAAAUACUAGAAAAGGAGUUAGGAAUUUCAGUUGCUCAGCGUAUCCAGAAGCUCAGUUUUGGAGAGGAUACUUCUCCUGUGACGCCCUCAGGACCACCUCAGUCCUUUAGUGAAGAAGAUUCAUUUAAAAAGUGUUCAUCAGAAGUCGAAGCUAAAAAUAAGAUUGAAGAACUACUUGCCAGUCUUUUGAACAGAGUAUGCCAAGAUGGAAGGAAGCCACAUACAAUCAGAUUAACAAUCCGUCGGUAUUCAUCUGAGAAUCAUUGUAGCCGUGAGAGUCGUCAGUGCCCUAUUCCAUCGCAUGUAAUUCAGAAGUUAGGGACAGGAAAUUGCGAUGUGAUGACCCCAAUGGUUGAUAUACUUAUGAAACUUUUUCGAAAUAUGGUGAAUGUGAAGAUGCCAUUUCAUCUUACCCUUUUAAGUGUGUGCCUCUGCAACCUUAAAGUAUUAAAUACUGCUAAGAAAGGGACUAUUGAUUAUUAUUUAACACCAUCGUUAUCAACAACUUCACAGUCUGGCAAGCGCAGUUUUAAAAUGAAAGAUAGUCAUAUGGAGGAUUUUUCCAAAGACAAAGAAACAAAUUGGAAUUUUCUACCAUCAGGAAGAAUUGAAAGUACAAGAACUGGGGAGGCUCCACUAGAUCCUAAUUUUUCCAAAGAAAAAGACAGUGAUGAAUCCCCACUCUGCUCACUUCCCGAAGGUAUUGACCAAGAAGUCUUUAAGCAGCUUCCAGUAGAUAUUCAAGAAGAAAUCCUUUCUGGAAAAUCUGGAGAAAAAGUUCAAGGCAAAGGAAGCUUAAGUUGUCCAUUACAUGCCUCUAGAGGAGUAUUAUCUUUCUUUUCUACCAAACAAAUGCAAGGUAGUCCCUUAAAUCCUACAGAUCAUUUAUCCAGUAGUAAACAGAUAUCUGUAUCUCCCUGUGAACCAGGAACAUCAGGUUUAAAUAGCAGUAGUUCCUCUUCUCCAUGUAGCCAAAAGGAUUAUUCACAUUAUAUAGACAGUAGAUUAAAAGAUGAACAAAUGAGUCAAGGACCUAAAGAAUCUCAAGGAUUUCAUUUUUCAAAUACAAACCCUGCUGUAUCUAUUUUCCAUUCAUUUCCAAAUUUGCAGAGUGAGCAACUAUUCCCCAAAAACCGCACUACAGAUAGCCAUAAGGAAUCAGUAGUGACAGUCUCUCAUCAUGAAAGACUUACCGAAAAUAAAGAGCAAGAUUCUAGUGAUGAGAAAAUUACCUUUCCUUCUGACAUUGAUCCUGAAGUUUUCUACGAACUACCAGAAGAGGUACAAAAAGAGCUGUUAGCAGACUGGAAGAGAGCAGCAUCAGAUUUCCCCAUUGUACAUAAAUAAGCAUGUUCAGAAAAAAGGUCUAGAAAGCAAAGGAAAGGCUAUUGUUCUCAGAUUUAGCAGUUUAUUAAGCUCCUCUAAAUUAAAAACUAAUAGAUAUUCAAUAAUGUAGAAAUCCAAUAUAUAAUGUUCUAGAUAAAAGCAAGUGUAGUUAUGGGAAGUAAAUUCUGGCACAAAGCAUAAAUAUACUCAUACCAAGAAAUAAUGUAAAAUUAUCCUCUUAUUUCUAAAGUUAUUUUAUAUUGCUUUUCAAUAAAAAGAAUAUCAUGGCUAGUACAUUUCCCAUAAAUGGGGAGAGGGGCAGAUACAUACACCUGUGUGUAGAAACAAAUAGACUAGCCAAAUCAUUGCUAUGACAUAGCAAAGAAUCGUUUUUUUUUUUCUGUGAAAUAUGGAAUGUCUCAAGAAAUUCAGCCCAUUAGGAAACUUCCAAAUAAGUAAGAAAUUCUGCCGCCAGCUACUAAAAACACAGAUCUCGUUGAAGUACUAUGUACCAUUUAAUACGCUUUUUAAAAAAUACCAAAGCAGUGUAUGUCCUAUUAAUGCUUUUGAGUACACCAGAGCCUACUGCAGUGCCUUGUACAUGGAAAGCACUCCGUAAUUAUUGAAUGAAUGGUGUGGCAGGGGCCAGGUGGGAGGUUGGGCAGGGGAGUGUACAUGUUGUAGAGAACUAGAAGGAACUCUCCAUCCAGGUAGAUUAAGGGAAGGAUGGACACUAGAAAGGCAGUGUGAUAGGUUUUGUAAGAAGGCUGGGUAAUUGGGUGCCUGGGCGGCUCAGUGGGUUAAGCGGCUGCCUGCAGCUCAGGUCAUGGUCCCAGAGUCCUCAGCUCAAACCCUGCAUCGGGCUCUUUGCUCAGCAGAGAGCCUGCUUCUCCCUGCUGCUCUGCCUACUUGUGCUCUGUCUCUGUCAAAUAAAUAAAUAUAUAUAUUUUAAAAAGAUGCUGGAUAAUGGGAAAAGUCCAUUUCCUUCUGGCUAGUCUGUGUAGGGUUUUUAAGUAAUGAUUAGAUGUUUUUGUAUCUUCUUAUUUUUGGAGAUCAGAUUAAGGAUAUCAUAUCCACAACAAAUAUACAAAAUUACUACAUCGAUAGGUGUUCUCUUUUUCCCAUUGUUAAUUGCCUUCCCCUUUUGCCUGCAAGGUUAAAAAUUGGGUGUAAGAUUGUGGACAUCUUACAAUUUUUAAGAUGUAAAUUUCUAGAACACAUCAAAGUAUACCGCAGUACUGAUUCAGAAGAGUCCUGUUCUCGAGUUUAUAACCUUUGCAGAUACAAUCUAAAGAAAAGAUAAUAAAAAUAAAGUAUACAAAUGUGAAUAAAGAGUAAUGGAAAGGGGCUUCUGGGUGGCUCUGUGGGUUAAAUUAAAGCCUCUGCCUUCGGCUCAGGUUAUGAUCCUGGGGUCCUGGGAUUGAGCCCUGCAUCAGGCUCCCUGGAGCGUGCUCCCGGCCCCCCUCUCUGCCUGCCUCUCUUCCUACUUGUGAUCUCUGUCUGUCAAAUAAAUAAAUAAAAUCUUCAAAAAAAAAAAAGUAAUGAAAAGAUACUUUAUUUUAGGUAAGAAGUUUUAGUUUUAGAUUUCUUGAAAUUUUCAAUUUCCUAACCAAGGAUUUUAACAGGGAGUUUGGGGUUAUCAAAAUAAUAACUUAGAGCAAGAACAUCAAAACUUAUUCAUAUGCAAAUAUUUAGUACCCUGGAUCAAGGAGUAUGGAAUUUUCUACAGGUAGUAUACUGGUAAGGUUGUUAAACUGGUAAAAAGGAUAUAUAUUUUUUUUUAGAUAAUACAUUUUUUAAAAAUUUCUAAUAAUCCUUGCAUUAUUUCAGUCAGAAAUUAUUUUUUUUUUAA